AUGUCGGAUUGGCCGAGCGUACAGUUAUUCCUUUAUUCAUUGUCCAUUUUUCCUUUUUCUUUCUUAAGGGGAAGUCCUGACAUUGUAUCUAAAGAGCAACCAAGGCCUCCAAGACCAUCUCCAAAAGAGGCCCAGAUAGCUGCUGCUUCAGCGGCAAUGGCAAGAGUUGAGUCUAUGCAAGAAAAAGGCAGGUCGCAGUCCAAGAAUGUUGAUAAGAUACAUGCAAAUGAGCAUCUGCCCCAACUCUUACUUCUCAGGUAUCUCAAUAAUAUUAUUGAAAAUCCAAAUGAGGAGAAGUAUUGUGCUGUUAGAAUCUCCAACAAAAUUUUUCAGGAAAAAAUUAACUGUUUAGAAGGAUCACUUGAAUUUUUUGAGGCAGUUGGAUUUGAGAAGAAGACACUACCUUUGCCUGGACAAGAUGUGGAAGAUGAAUUCUAUGUACUGAGCAGUGAAGCAUUAAAAAAUCUGAACGACUUGCAAGGGUACCGGGAUUCAUUGUUAAGUGGAAAGCCUAUUCGAGCCACUCUCGAGAGGCAGCCUAGAAUCUUUGCACCAUCACUUCAAGCUACCAGAUUUUCUUUAACUGAUGAUUUCUACAACCUAACAGUACAGGAGAUCAAACAACAGCACCAACUAAGGAAAGAGAAGCUGGAGCAAGAAUCAGUACUCCAAACUAAAGCAAUGCGAGGGAGGGAGGAAAAGCUUAAAAUGAAGAAGUAUAAGUAUACCGUUCUGAGAGUCAGAUUUCCAGAUGGGUAUUUACUACAAGGCACAUUCCAUGCUCAGGAAUGGUUAUCCACUUUGUUUGAUUUUGUGUGCCAACAUCUGCAGAAUAACUGGCUCCCUUAUGAUCUCCUUGGUCCCUGUGGCCAGAAGUUAGAAAAUAAACAAAUAACAUUCCUUGACUGUGGUUUGGUUCCAUCUGCAUUACUAACCUUUUGCUGGGAUGUAGACGUUUUGGCUGAUGUGGAGGCUACAACGGGACAUAAAGCUAAGAGUGCUCUAAAAGAAGAGCUUAUUUCCAUUGCAGAGAUUCUUGAUUAGAUCUGCUUAAUCCAUUAUCUGUUAUGGUUUUUCUAUGUAAUCAAAGAAA